ACAUGUAGUUGGUAUACAAGCGUUCACAUAUGCUAAUACACCCCCUCCUGGUGUAAGUCGGUCCCGCCGAUAGGUAUUGAACAUUCUUCCAAUAUUUAUAGCAGAGUCGGGUAUAUUUGUAUUCAGCCAGGACUCUGUAAUCAUAAUCAAGGAGGGACUGUUCAUUUCAACAAUAGCGUGUAGAUCGUCAACUUUGUUCGAAAUGUGACAUAUGUUCGUUAGGAGGAUAGUUGGCAUGUUAGAUAUAGUUUUAUUGGCGGUUUGAUUAGUCGGUCUAGAAUUCCGUUUUGAAAUGUUUAAAGUAAUUAGGUUGGUAGGGUUGCGCGUAUUUAGUUUAUAUCUAUAAUUACGUGAUGAGAUUAUAACUGGAAUAUGAGCCAUUAUACGUAGGUUGAAUAUUUCCCAAGAUGGGUGCUACUUUUCUUUGACCACAUAGUUUGUGUUUCUUUCGAUUUCCAUGGCUUACAACGUAUGUAUUUAGGCCAGAAAUUAUCUUCCUGAAGCAGGGAACUGACGGCCGAAGGAACAUGGAUCUUAGAUGAGAUUGUUCCCCUGCGUCGACUUUUGAAAAUGGAAAUAUAAGUCGGGAUUAUAUUUCGUUUAUUAAGAAAAGAUACGAUUUGGCUUUCUUUCACAUUCUCGUCUAUACCUGUUACGAGAAAUUUCUUGGUUUUACUUCUAUUUCGUUUGACACCAAUAAAGCCAUCGAGGUCACUAGACAACUCGUCAAUUUCACGUUGUGAAUUCUGGGGGCUAGAUGUGGGUAUUUUGUUCGUUUUAGGCAUUGCCAUAGAUUUACGAUUUUUAGAGACAGGAGAAGAUGCUGCUACUUUUGCAUAUGUCACCUGAUCUCCUUCCACUUUAGUUUGUUCAGCGCCAAUUGAAUCAUUAGUUGAUAUAGGACGAGAUGCAGUAGACACAUCGUUCGACAAUUCUAUAGGUUCUACUCUUACAAAUGAAGUAGAGGCAUUUUCAUUAGGUAUUGUAUGAUCACAUCCAUUGUUCUCGGUAGGAUUAAUCAGUUCAUUCGAGACAAUAGGGCUGCAUACUUUAGCCUUGUUACCAUUACAGAUGUUUUCCCGAUUUGCAUAUUCAAAAGACUCGUUCGUUAUAAUUGUUGACUCAGUCCGAAAUUCAUCAUCGGGAAUCUUUUUAUUUCUAUCCAUAAACUCUUGAAAUUGGCGAAUUGCCGGUCCUAUGUUAGAAAUCGAUUCCGAUAUAGCUUGGAUCGCUUCGGAAUUGGUUAAUUGGCCAAGCUUAAGACUUUCGAGGUCUUCACAAACAUCUUGCAUGCUUGAUUGCUUAGCAACUGAAAUGUCCUCGUCCUGCUUACAUAUCUGCUUGCAUAAUUCCUUCAUAACAUCGCCCACUUUCUCGCCAUCAAGAUACAACAAGUUUUUAUUCUUUUUCCAUAUUAUUACUGAAUCAUCAAAGGUAAAUAGCUUUUUGUCACCGCCAGGUUGAGACCAUGUUCCAUUGAGCUGCAGAUCUUCGCUAACAAAUGCGAUGACGAUGUAUCUGACAAACAACUCAUUUUUGUUAUCUCUAUCCAUUUGUCAAAACAGAAAUUCACUAUUAAGGGAAAUCUGAAAGAAUUAUGGGAUCAAGAAUUAAAGAAAUUACAAUCCUUCGUCAACGGUGUAUGUUUGAAACCUGAAUUAAACACUGAAGAUUUAAGUUGUUUAUACAGGGAAAUUUUUACUGACACGAGUGUUACUAAUCUCGACGGCGUAUCGUUAAAUGCUCUCGAUGACUCAGAUUGUGAUGAUAUUGAAGAAAACCCGACCUCUGAAUCACCAAAGAAACCCGGCCUGAAAUCUCCCAGUACCAAGUCGAAGGUCAAAAGUUUUCGACAAAUCAAAGUUAUCUCCUCACCUCGCCGCAAAUUAUACAAAAAAUCAGCGACACCUCAUAUUGAGCAAAAACAAAUUCUUGACUUUAUGGAAAAGACCAAUAGUCGAAUAAAUAAACUAGAGCAAUUCGCAUUGAAAGUGGACAAAGUUAUUGCCUCAACAGAUGUUGAUAUAAUUGAUAUCAAGAAUAAGCUAUCGAAUAUAAAGAAAGACCUGUCAGAGUCUUUAAACUCCGGAAUGAAACAUGAGCUUUCGGUUAUCAAACAGGCUCAAACCAAUGAUCGGGACGAAAUAAAUAAUCGCUUCGCCAAAACUAAUGCAGAAUUAAAACGACUUCAAGGUCGCGUUGGUUCUUUGGUCGAUGAAAAGGCAAAUCUAUUAAAGAGAAUAAAAUAUUUAGAAGAGUCUAACUCGAAGCCUCAAGAAGACAUCUCAUCAUCUGUAGAUAAUAUAUCAGAAGCUAUACCGAGAAAUGAAACGACAUGCACAGAAAGUACAUUCAUACACACAACCCAAGAAGAAAACCCCAAUAGUACUACACAAGAAAAUCUGAUUGAAGAUGGCACUAGCUUAUUAGAUGACGGACACAUACCUGUACAUACACCAGAAUAUGAUUUUGUUUUCCUUUGCGAUUCAAAUAGAAAAUUUAUCAACGCCGAUCAACUAUAUCCGAAAGGAAAGAACAAAAUUAUCGCUUGCGGUACAACUGACAAAGCCAUCGACAUAUUGACAUGGCCAAGAUUCAAUGUUAAACAUGGCAUUAUCAUUAAUACUGGUGUAAACGAUUUAGAACACUUAUCGACACAGGAAGUAACAGAGAAACAGCAAGAAAUGGUCGAAAUAGCAACUCAGAAUUUCCCGAACAAAAAGAUCGUUAUGUCGAGCAUCACACCUAGAUGUGAUCAACUCGAUAGAUCAGUGUUUGAAGUGAAUAAAGCCGUUGCUAAAAACAUUCGAAAUAUCCUAAAUGUGUUUUUGGUCGACAAUGGGAAUCUACGUUGUGAUCAGCAGUCAUUCCAUUUCGACGACAAACAUCUGAACAGGAGACACGGGAUACCUCUCUUUGCGAAGAAUCUAAAGGAUGGAAUUCGAAGAGCUUUGGGUAUCCCUGUUCGUAAACCCGCUGAUCAAACCAGAACUCGGAAUUACCCCAAGGAGAAAACACAUAAUGUUCAUAAUCCAAGAAGCUAUAGUGAUGCUGUUAUAAACGGUUCACCUGCAAUCACUCCACAAACGCAGAGUAACCCAGCUUUGAGUGACGUUCAACAUCAACUCUUCGACUUAACCUCCAUGAUAAGACAAUUAGUUCAAACCAAUACCAACUUUCCAGCUCCACAACAACCUAUUCUAUGUCCCCCCUUUCCGACACCAGGUUUAGUUUAUGGAGCUCCACACUUUGGCAUCCCUCCCCGACAAGUUAAGUAA